AGUCUUUGCUUUGGCGGAAAAUAUGAUUUCAAAGAUAAAGAAGUGAGUUAUAUUCUGAAAGCCGAUGACGACAUAAACGACAAAUUUGGAAGGGGCAUCUUGGAGGAUUUUGUACCAGGCUUGAAAUAUGUGUAUAAGACCCAGGCCUUUAAAGAGCUAGAGGUGUUUACGAAUGAAGUGAUCGAAGGGUUUAUAAGAAGAAAAUACAAGGAGGCGGAGUCAACUUUUAACAAAGAUGAAAUGCGACAUCUUUCGGACAAUUUGAUCCUUGCUCGCAUGGAGGCGGAACAGGAGGAGGGAAAAGACGCACUCUUAGGACUAGAUGAAGAUCACCUUGUUCAAACGCUUACUGAUAUAUUCUUUGCUGGCAUAGACACAUCCCGAUUUACACUCAGGUUUGCCCUGUUACACAUGGUGGCAUUUCCGGAUAUACAAGGAAAGGUUCAAGAAGAAAUAGAUAAUGCUGUUGGGAAGGACAGAUUACCAGGAGUUGCAGACCGCCCUAAUCUGGGUUAUACGGAAGCUGUGUUACACGAAAGUAUGCGUCUUGCAAGCGUAGUCCCAUCAGGAGUUUUCCAUCAAGCGUCUUGUGAUACAGAAUUGUCCGGUUACCGAAUUCCUAAAGGAACCAACAUAGCCAUCAAUCACUGGGCGCUUCACCAUGACCCAAGCGCCUGGGAUGACGUUGAUCGAUUUAUUCCAGAACGAUAUUUAGGGGAAGAUGGAAAGCUAGGACCUAAGCCAAAGAACUGGCUGCCAUUUUCGGCAGGAACACGAGUAUGUCUCGGAGAAUUUGUUGCCAAACCAGAGCUUCAUUUAAUCUUCGCGAGUUUAAUGCAGCGCUAUAAAUGGAAAAUGGAGUCUGGGUUAUGUGCAGAUAUCACCCCUGUUGGGUCAGCUUUUUCUCUGGGUUGUAAGCCCUACAAAGUCAUUGCUAAGAGGAGAAUUUAAUUGACUGAAGCAAACGUUUUUUCAAUAUAGGGUUACUUUAACAAUGCUAUUAAAAAUAACAAAGACCCGGCAUUUUUAUGGAAAAAUUUAAAGGACGUUUCAAAUCUAAAUACAAAAAGGUUGUAUUACAUUGCCAGACAGACUAGUGACAGGUAAUAAAGAAAUUUACGGAAAUGUAAAUAUUAUAAAUGAAUUAAACAAGUAUUUUGUCAAUAUCUCGAAUGUCAUACAGAAAACAAAGUUUUCAAAUACAAAUUUUUCAAACUUGAAAGAAACAUUAGACCAAAAGCUAAUAUAUCAUGAAUUUAAUAUUGAAUUAAUUACACCGUUUGAAGUAAAACUAAUUAUUGAAAAACUGAAUGUUAAAAAAUCUACAGGAUUAGAUGGAAUUGGGCCAAACAUCAUUAAAUAUUGUGGAGAUUAUAUUACACCAAUAAUUGCAUCAAUUAUCAAUAAUAGUAUUAAAUCUAAUAUUUUCCCAGAUGAUUUCAAAAGAGCUAGAGUUAUACCUAUUUUUAAAUCGGGGGAUAAGAAUGAAGCAAAUAACUAUCGACCGAUAUCAAUUUUGUCAACUAUAUCCAAAAUAUUUGAGCGCCAUAUUGCCAAACAAAUACACUCAUUCUUUGAAAAAACGAACAUAAUUCAUAAUAAACAAUCAGGAUUUCGUAAAAAAUCAUUCAUGUAAUACUGCACUCAUUAGUUUAAUAGAUACUUGGUUAAAAGAUGUUGACAGUGGAAAAAAUAUCGGGACUGCAUUCUUAGACUUAAAGAAAGCCUUUGAUUUGGUUGACCAUGAAAUACUUUUGCAUAAACUUAAACUUUAUAUCAUUUUUCUGAAAAUGCCGUUAAGUUUUUUAAGUCAUAUCUUUCUAACAGAAUACAACUGGUUACGAUAGGUAAUCUUCAAUCUCAGACAAUGAAAAUAAUUUCCGGUGUUCCACAAGGCUCAAUAUUUGGACCUUUAUUAUUUCUAAUAUACAUAAAUGACAUAGCCUUCAUUGGUAAUGAUAUAAAAAUUGAUUUAUACGCAGACGAUUCUACUCUUUAUGAGUCCGGAGAAAAUAUGUAUAUCAAAAGUAGAAAUAAAACUUCAAGAUCAUUUAAAUAACGUUGACAAAUGAUGCAAAAUAAAUAAUAUGGCCUUAAAUCCAGAUAAAUCAAAAUGUAUGGUAAUAGGAACAAGACAAAAAGUAAAUAUUAUGAGAAAAUUGUAUCUUAAGAUAAAUGAAAUAGCUCUUGAAAAUGUAACUGAUCAAAAAGUCUUGGGUAUCUGCAUAGAUAACAACUUAAAAUGGUACUUGCAAAUUGACAAUGUUUGUAAAAAACUUAACGGAAAAAUUGCCUUAUUGACAAGAUAUCGUAUUUUUGCACUUUGACAUGAAAUUAUUGUUUUACAAUGCAUAUAUAUUGCCCAUUAUGGACUACUGUUGUAUUAUAUGGGGUAAAGGAAACACAAACUACAUAAAUAAUGUUUGUAAAUUACAAAAACGAAUUGCUAAAAUCAUUUUACAGCAACCACAAAGAUCUCCGUCAAUAAAUCUAUUCGAAACUCUUAACUGGUUACCGUUCCUUGACAGAUGUAAAUACCACCCGGCGGUGCUUGUUUUUAAAACUUUAAAUAACAUGGCACCGACUUAUAUGACAGAACUGAUGACUUUAUCCGACAACAAAAUAUGUAACUUAAGAUCUAGGUCACGAAAAGAUAUUGUAUUAUGGACAAGACCUAAAACAAACUAUAUUAAAGACACAUUUUCUUAUUAUGGCAUGAACAUUUGGAACAAUAUACCUUUAAAUAUUCGUAAUGUUAAUAACCUUAAAUGUUUUAAAGAGAAAUACAAAGCAUAUCUUGAUGUUCAUAUGAAUGAAUAAGUGAGUGAGUGAGUGAAUGAAUGAAUGAAUGAAUGAAUUAUUUAAUUAAUUAAUUAAUUAAUUAAUUAAUUAAUUAAUAAAUGAACGAACGAAUGAACGAACGAACGAAUGAUGCAAUAUACGUAUAUGUUAAAACAAAUUGUUGAGUGUCUGUCGAAAGUAUAUGAGUUGUAAUAUUCUAAAUAUUACAUAUUAUAUUCAUUUUUCUACCUAUGCAUGUCCUGUUGUUGUUGUUGUUGUUUUCUAUUUCAGAAAGCCACAUUGGAAAUAAGAUAUAUAUGAUUGUUAUUGUAUGUUCUUAAUGUGUAACCUUCUUUAAAUAAAGAUAUUAUUAUUAUUAUUAUUAUUAUUAUUAUUAUCAUUAUUAUUAUUAGUUGAAUAUAUCAUGAAAGAUAAAUAUUAUAAUAAAAAGGUAUUAAUUUAAAUUAUAUUCAGUAGAAGACCUGUUUCAGUUGUAUAAUUAUAAUUUUUAGCAUGUCGAAAAAUAUUCGUAUACACUGUUAUAUAUGUAAAUUCAAUUUAUUUGCUCCUUAUUAACGCGUCGAAAUUAUAUUAUUUACAUAAAUAUCAAAA